AUGGAUUCGAAAGAUCUGAAGGUGGAGCAACCACCUGCUGCGGAGAAGGAUGUCUCUCUCGGAGAGGUCCUUGAUAUCGGAGCUGAUCUAUAUGUUGAGGCUGAUCAAUUGUCGACCGAGGAGUUGGAGAGUGAGGGAGCGAAGGUGCUGCGAAUUCUGGACUGGAGAAUCAUGCCGAUUCUAUACGUGACUUAUGUGAUACAAUUUCUUGACAAACUAUCGCUCAACUAUGCUUCGGCAUACUCGCUCAUUCCUGAUCUUGGCCUGGAGGGCCAGCGUUACUCUUGGGUAGCAGCCAUCUUCAACUUCGGAUACCUUUUCUGGGCCAUACCAGCAAACCUACUUAUUCAGAAAUUACCCGUCGCUAAGUACAUGGGAGGCAUGCUUCUUAUGUGGAGUAUCAUCGUGAUCGCGCAUAUUGGGGCGAAGAACUAUGCAGGUAUUUUGGUGUUGAGAUUCCUGUUGGGGAUGGCCGAGGCUGGAGUUAGUCCGUGCAUGAUGGUCAUAACAUCUAUGUUCUAUAAGCGCUCCGAACAGCCUCUCCGCAUGGCUAUCUGGUUGAGUGCCAACGGAAUGGCGACUAUGGUAGGAGCAUUACUUGGCUUCGGUCUCGGACACUCCCACAACACCGCUCUCCAUAGCUGGCAGCUCAUUUUCCUGACAAUUGGACUUCUUAACUUUGUUUGCGGAGGCGUAUUCCUCGCGCUCAUGCCUGACUCGCCUGCCUCUGCACGCUUCCUGACCCAUCGCCAGCGGGUUGUAGCCGUCAGGCGAGUCGCGGAGAAUAUGAUCGGCGUGAAGACUCGACAGAUCAAACUGGGACAAGCUGUGGAGAACCUUUACGAUAUCAAAAUCCUUUGCUGUGCAGGUAUCGGUAUUGCUUGCGGAGUCAUCAACGGCGGAGUUUCGAACUUCGCUUCGUCGCUGAUCAAAGGCUUUGGAUUCAGCGGAAUCUAUGCUACGCUUCUUCAACUACCGACGGGUGCCAUUGAGGCCAUAAUAGUCCCAAUCUGUGGUCUUGUCGCAACAUAUGUUCCAAAUUCACGUUGCAUCGUCCUCGCUGUUGUUAGUGUCAUUCCAUUUGCCGGGCUGCUGGGCAUCCGAUUUACAAGCCUUGACCACCGAUGGACGCUCGUUGGAUGCACCUGGCUACAGUAUAUUAUUGGCGCUCCCGUCAUUGUAUCCUGGAAUCUACUAUCUACCAAUGUGGCAGGCCACACCAAGCGAGCCGUCGCUAAUGGUAUAUGGUUCACACUAUAUGCCGCGGGGAAUGUCGCUGGAGCAAAUAUUUUCUUCUCCCGUGAAGCUCCAAGAUACUACUCUGCAUUGACAGGGUUGUUGGUUUGCUAUGCAGGAAUCAUAGUUCUAUCAGGUAUGGCGUACAUGGCUAUGCUAUGGGAGAAUAAGCGAAGGGAUGCAGCAGCGGCUGCGGCCGGGGAGGGUACAAGCUUCAACGAAACCCAUUCCCAAGCCAUUCUGGAUGGAUUCAAGGAUAUGACCGAUAUGGAGUCUAAGCAUUUUAGAUAUGCACUUUAA